GGGCUGCUGCCGCGGCUGCCCUCACCUGGCUUACCACCGCACUCUUGGCUGCACGCCCCGCUCGGCCCGCCAUGCCGGUGGACAUCAGCAAGUGGUCCGGGCCCUUGAGCCUGCAGGAAGUGGAUGAGCGACCUCAGCACCCAAUGCAGGUCGCCUCCUCUGGGGCGGUGGUGGACGAGCUGGGCAAAGUGCUGACACCCACUCAGGUUAAGAAUAGACCCACCAGCAUUACCUGGGAUGGUCUUGAUCCAAGUAAACUCUACACCUUGGUCCUAACAGACGCGGAUGCGCCCAGCAGGAAGGAUCCCAAAUACAGGGAAUGGCACCAUUGUCAGGUGAUCAACAUGAAGGGCAAUGACAUCAGCAAUGGCACAGUCCUCUCUGAUUAUGUGGGCUCAGGGCCUCCCAAGGGCACGGGCCUCCACUGCUAUGUCUGGCUGGUUUAUGAGCAGGACAAGCCACUGAAGUGUGAUGAGCCUGUUCUCAGCAACCGAUCUGUAGACCACCGUGGCAAAUUCAAGGUGGCAUCAUUCCGUAAAAAGUACCAUCUUGGGGCCCCAGUGGCCGGCACAUGUUACCAGGCUGAGAGGGAUGACUAUGUGCCCAAACUGUAUGAGCAGCUGUCUGGGAAGUAGGGCAAAGCUUGGAGCGUGAACUGCCCCAUAGGCCCCAAGUAGUGUUCUCCGGUUCCGUGUUGCAUGUAGGUUUCCCUUCUUUCCUGCUCCC